AUUAAAUUUUGCCGAGACGACGAAAUAAUCAUCGACAGUUUCUGGAUGAACGGUAAAAGCGAGCUGAUUACACAUACCCUGUGGAAGCCACCGUACAAAGCAAAUCUUCUUCUACCACCAACGCUGCCGGAAUGGUACUGCGUCAUAAGCGAGCUCAUGGAGACAGCGCUCAUGAGCGAGUACUCAUUCAGCGACUCACCAUCGGUCACUACUGCUUUGGAUUCAUCCGAGUUGGAGGAGCACACAUGCAUCGAUGACUGCUCUUCCCAUUCCAGCUUGGAUAAUGAAUUUGGAGUAGCGAAGAACGGCACGUCAAAUAAAAGAUCCUUUCAGACCACUGAUGAUUCACUUGAAACGGCUCUCGAGCACAGCGAUACCGCCAGUGAAAUGUCAUUCUUGCAUUACUCUGAUAAACUAGUGGUGUUUGCUAUAGCAGUGGUUUACUCCACUUAG